CGUAGUCCGUUCCGAGCUCGGCAAACAGGCCAUGACUGAAGAACGCCACAAAUCCCCAAUCCGUCUUCUAUAUUUGCGAUGCAACUGUGUCUGUCCAUUUCUAGACCAUGCAUAGGCUUGUAUUCACGCCCCAAUCAAUACUGGUCCGAAGAAACAUAUUGUCAUCAAUUAUCUCAGAUUGCAUUCGGCAAGGUCUAGACCACGGCGAUAAUAUGGAUUAUAGCCCACUAUAGAGCCUCCAGGGGUCCCAGGGUUCAGGUUGCAGCGUUGAUCGAAUGAAACAACGUGGGUAAGCGGGUGUAAAGUAAGCUGUUGGAUGUUGGUUUGACCUACUUAAGCAGGUCGCCGAAGAUUGCCUGUACGAAUUAUCAAAAUUAUCCCAAAACAAUAUUGUGACCCUGAGGACCACGACUAUAUCUCCUCAUAUAUACGCUGUUAUAUAGGUGAUGGUUUAGAAUGACUUGGUGAAUUUAACCGCAUCUGCCUCAACCUCGCUCGUCUCCGGUCCAGCAGCAAAUUCGCUGCUGCGUUUGCCGCAAACGCAUACCAACGGGCUCCAGCGAUGGAUCAGCAGAAGGCCGAACCCACGCCCUUCACCUCCAAGACCAACUCACAGACAAACGGGAACGGCACCAGCCCGCGCUCAGGUCGAGCCCGCCUAAUCCCUGGCAGUAUCGCCUUCCUCGUCUUCCUUGGCAUCGCAGCCCUGUACAUGUCAGCAACCCACCUACUCAACAGGGACUCGGUCUCGGUCUCAAUGUCCUCUCGCCAUGCCAACGACACACCCCUUUUCCCCAUCACCGUAUCACUGAGUCCGCUCGCGGCUCCCCAGGAUACCUCAACAGAUGCCAUGCCAUCCUUUAGUGUCAACGUCACGUUGACCAACACUGGCGAUGUUACUCUUGUCAUCCUAAAAUGGCACACGCCGUUCGCGCAUGGCGCACCGGCGAUGGGGAUCUUCAAGGUUACGGACCUGUGGUGGGGCACCGCGGUGCCGGAUAUGGGGCUUAUGGUUGACUAUUUGUUUCCGGAGGGUGGUAUUUUUGUGCACAAACAGGGGAAUAAGACGAGUGAUAACUUGCUGCUAAUUAGGCCAGGAGAGGGCCUGAGUGAGGAGGUGAAGAUUGGACGUUCGGCAAUGUCGAUUAAGAGGGGGAAGAAGUAUAGCGUUAAGGCGAAGGGGCGUUGGAUGGCUGUUUGGCUGGGUGAAGAUGAUAAUGGUAGGUAUUCGAUGAGAGACUCGAUUAAUAAUGGUCAGUUUGAGAGCGAGGCGGUUGAAGUGCAGACGUAGGGAAUGGGUGGAGACAAUAUUUGUUACCUCGCCAUGUUUGGAGCAGCUGGAUAUUCACUAGUAGUGCUCGCAUAUCCUUCCAUCCUGGACA